AGCCGCCGCCGCAGCCCCGAGCGCCACAUGGACCCGGCCGGCCCGAGGAGGAAGAGGACUCCUGGCCACACUCGGAUGUGAGUUCUGAUCCCAGCAAGAGUCACUGAGGAGUCAAAGCCGUCACCAUGGAGUUCGUGAUGAAACAGGCCCUGGGAGGGGCCACCAAGGACAUGGGGAAGAUGCUUGGGGGUGACGAGGAGAAGGACCCGGAUGCCGCCAAGAAGGCGGAGGAGCGUCAGGAGGCCCUGCGCCAGGAGGAGGAGGAGCGCAAGGCCAAGUUCGCCCGCAUGGAGGCCGAGCGCGAGCUGGUGCGGCAGGGCAUCCGCGACAAGUACGGCAUCAAGAAGAAAGAGGAGCGUGAGGCCGAGGCCCAGGCCGCCCUGGAGGCCAACUCGGAGGGCAGCCUGACGCGGCCCAAAAAGGCCGUCCCGCCCGGCUGCGGGGACGAGGCGGAGGACGACGACGACAGCAUCCUGGACACGGUCAUCAAGUACCUGCCCGGGCCGCUGCAGGACAUGCUCAGGAAGUAGCCCGGCAGCCCCAGCCCCAGCACAAGCCAUAGCCCUCGGUCUGUCCCUCCCGCCCCGCCCCUGCCGCCCCUGCCGCCCGCCGGCCCCUCGCCCGCCCCGGGUGUCCCGCGCUGUGGGCACCCGGCCGGGUCUAGACGCAGGAGCACAGCCAUAGCGGGCCGGGCCGGGCCGGGGCCGGGGCGGGGCGGCUCUGCCUGGCUCCAGCCCCCGGUGACCCGCGCGCCCGGCUCUCCCGCCCGCACCGUCCCGCGCUUUGUACCUCUGUCCCCCCCAGAAGGUGUCGCUUCUUAGGAACGCCGGUGACUGCUCUCGUCCAAACUUGAAGGGGAAAAGGAGCAGGUUUGGGGAUUCUCAGACGCCCCCACAUGGGGGGCGCCCACGACGACGGCCGUCGGUCCCCGGGCCACCCCCGCCGUCACCGCUGGGCGCUGCUCCUCCCGCGCGGGACCCCGGGCUGGGGCUCUGGCGGAAGAGCGGCCUCCGCGCCCCCGCGUUUAAUCCGCGCCACGACCCGUCCAAUCUCAGGUAGAGGAGGCCCUUGUGUCGUCCAGUCGCACCUGACGGAGGCCGUGGCCUCGGCGCCCUGUCUGUCCCCGUCGAACGUGCACCGUGUCCACGUGCCGCGGGCCCCACCUCCGCGCCCUACACGGCUGUGCGGAGAAGCCAUAACGGUUAGACGCAAUACCCGACUCCGCCCCGUCCGUGUCUUCAACAAACGCGCCCUUGUCGCACCUCAAAAGCCCGCUCUGCGCAGACUCGGCGCCCCCUAGUCGGAAGCGCGCAUCCCGCUCCCCGCGCGGGGGGCGCCCGGGGCCGCCGAGCUUAGCGUCGACCGUGGACGGCGUCCGUCCGUCUGUCCUUGCGCCUGCGCCUCCUCCUGCAUGUCGGGGUCCUCUCGUGUGUUCUCUCCGGAUGGAAUCACAGCCAAUAAACACCACAGUGAUUUCA